UUGCUUUCCAGUACCAGGGUAUUUAGUCAAGCAGAUUGUGUUUCUUUACACCCCGCGAUGAUCUCUCUCGGCGACGGUUGGUGACAAGUGGCUUGAGGGACAGCAGCAUCACACAAACAGAGACAUGUGUGUGCAUACAAACCACAUCGUAACAAGGUGGGAUACAGCACUGCCGGGAUCAUGAAUUACUGUGCUGUCGAAUGAAGGAUUGGUAGCACUGGACCGGUGAUAGCUUUAUCUUCUGUCCACUAACCAUGGGAGGUGCAGAGGAAAUACACGGAUGGACAGUAAAAAUGAGCAUGCCGAGCGUUUUGGCCAUGGUGACUGUCUUUUCCAUGAUUCCUGGCGGAGUGCUGAGCGAUAUGAGUGGUACUCAGGGUCUGGAAGCCCAACAAUUGGCCCAAGGCUCCACUCAUCUGCACCGUCGCCUGAAGAGAGGCUGGAUCUGGAAACAGCUGUUUGUCCCCGAGGAAGAUCCCACUCCUCGCGUUAUUGGCCAGCUCAAAUCUGACUCUGACCGAGGCGAGUUUUCUAUCAAGUACAUCUUAUCAGGAGAAGGCGCUGGGGAUGUGUUUGAGAUAGACGAGUAUUCCGGUGAGAUCCGGACACUGAAGAAGCUCGACCGAGAGGAGAAGGCCUUCUACGUCCUCCAAGCACAGGCUAUCAACAGGUGGUCCAAUGAACCAGAGGAACCCCAGUCAGAGUUCAUCAUCACGGUGCAGGACAUCAAUGACAAUGCCCCCCAGUUCCAGAACGAACCAUAUGUGUCCAGCAUCCCUGAGAUGUGUCCAACAGGGACCACAGUGGCCCAGGUGACAGCCACAGAUGCUGAUGAUCCCAUGUUCGGAAACAACGCCAAGCUCAUCUACUCCAUCCUGCAGGGGGAGCCCUACUUCUCUGUGGAGCCAAAGACGGGGAUUAUUGUGACAUCUUGGCCAAACAUGGACCGUGAGGCCAGGGAGCAGUACCUGGUGGUGGUGCAGGUGAAGGAUAUGCUGGGCCUCAGUGGCGGCUACUCUUCCUCCACCACAGUCACCGUCAGCCUGACUGAUGUCAACGACAACGGACCCACAUUCCAGCACCACCUGUACGCCUUUGCCGUUCCUGAAAACGCAGCCGUGGGCACCACAGUGGGCAGGAUUAUGGCGGAGGACGGAGACAUUGGCAUCAAUGCAAGAAUGACCUACAGUUUGGAGGAUGACCUGGAGGAAAGCUCCACUUUUAUUAUCAAAACAGACCCGGUGACACAAGAGGGAGUUAUUAUGCUAGCCAAGCCUUUGGACUUUGAAACCAAAAGACGUUUUGUCAUGGCCGCGGAGGCAGUCAACGAUCACGUGGACACUCGUUUUCUGACUUCGGAGGAGUUCAGGGACAGGACGACACUCAAGAUUGUCGUGGAGGAUGUGGAUGAGCCGCCUGUCUUCCUCUCGCCGGUCUACGACUGGAAAGUUCCUGAAAAUGUAGCUGUGGGAACUGUGGUUGGCAGUGUUAGUGCCAGAGACACUGACACAGUCAACAAGCCCAUCAGAUAUUCAAUUGAUAAAAGGAGCGAUGCCACAAAAGCAUUCAAAAUAGACCCAAACAAUGGGACUAUAAGCGUCGCUAAAGCUUUGGACCGAGAGACUUCAAACUGGCAUAAUUUGACUGUUGAAGCCAAGGAAACAACGCAGAACCAUUUAUCCUCCUCUGUGGUGGUGUUCAUCAAAGUGCUGGACAUAAACGACAAUGUGCCAAGGCUUGCAAGAGAUUACCAGCCAUAUAUCUGUGAGGGAACACAGGCGGGAGAACUCAUUCAGCUGCUCAGUGCUGCUGAUCCGGACGAGCCUGUGGAGGGACACCACUUCUAUUUCUCUAUGGUCCCCGGGAAACACAUCAAUCCAAACUUCACUAUCAGAGAUAAUCAAGACAAUACAGCGGGCAUUGUUGCACGCCGGAGUACUUUUACCCGCAAGGAUCAAACCCAGUACCUCCUGCCUGUUGUGGUGACAGAUAGCGGCUCUCCAGCUCUGUCCAGCACCAGCACUUUGACCAUCAGCGUGUGCAGCUGCCAACCUGCCGGCCAUUGUCCCACAGGGGGAGUGAAGGCCCUCGCCCUGUCUAUGGGGGUCAGCCUGCAAGCCUUGUUAGGGUUUCUGGUCUGCCUGGUCUCUCUCACAGUGCUGUCAAUUCUAAUGCUGAUGGUGAGGAGACACAGGCGGAAGCAGCAGGAGGGACUGGGGGUGGAGGCGAAGGAGCUAGAGCUGCCUGAGACGGUGUCACAGAAGGUGCUGUAUUACGGAGAACCAGGGGGUUUAGGAGCAGACCUGGACUUCUGCCAGCCCGUAGUCCCGCUGCGCCCUCACCCAAGGAGGAGGGAGAGGAGGCUGCGGAGGGAGGACGUCAGGGCAAGCAUACGAAUGUCCCUCCGAGAGUCCCACAUCAUCGGCCCGGAGGAUGAGGUCUUCAGGCAGUUUAUUCUGGACAGGCUGGCAGAGGCUGAUCAGGAUCCUUACGCUCCCCCAUUCGACUGUCUAAGGACCUAUGCAUAUGAGGGUUCGGGGUCUCCCACAGGGUCCCUCAGCUCACUGGAGUCAUCUGUUUUGGAGCUUGGACCAGAGCAACCUGUUUGUAAUCCCAGACCCUACUUGGUCAGACUUACCCCUUGGCAUGGGGUUAGGGACGAAGACACCAUCUUCUGAGGGGCUCUUCUUCUUCUCAAGUGGCUGUUCUUCUAAUCUUUGCAUGAUGGACCAGUUCAGUGCAUUUCAAUGAGAAGCCAUCAGCAUAAAGAUGGACAGAAUUUUUUGUUUGAAGAGUUGGAAAAUAUGCUUUUUCACCACCCAGCCCUGAGCUCGAUGAGACACUCAGACAGAGUCAUGUCUGUACAGUAAAUAUAAAGCUGCAGCCAGCAGCUUGUUAUCUUAGCUUAUCUUAGUUUAGCUUAGCUUAGCUUAGCUUUGUGGACAGACUGUAACCAGGGUGAAAAAACUUGGCUGGCUCUUUCUUUAGAGGUCUGUAUUAGAGGUGCUGGGUGGAUGAUUUUUGGAUCCUCUUCUUUUCUGCUGUUUCCUCAUUUCCAGUCUUUACGAUAAGCUAAGCUAACUGGCUGUAGCUUCAUAUCUAUCAUACUGACAAGAGACUGGUGUUGAUCUAGCUCUAAGCGAGAAAGCAAAGUGUAUUUCACAAACUGUCCUCCUCAAUGUCAUUUCACAUCUGCUCUCUGUAUCUGGACUCAUUUUUGCUUGCUGUACUUUCUUAGUGUGAGAUAAUUUGUAAUGUUUGUCUAAUAUUAAUGCUUAUAUUUUAAAAUCAAUGGGCAAAGGUUUCUCCUUAUACCUAUUCUUAUUCAACAAUCAUGUCAUCUAUCAUGGAUAUAGAAGGGGCAGAUGUUAUAUAUGCUUUGUAUGAAUGCUAAAAACAACUUUCCUGACAGAAACAUUUAAUGACUGUCCUCUCUGAGAAGCAAAGAUGGGAGUAGCAUGACAUGGGACAACAUGGCGAGUGUACAAAGAAUGUGCCUUAACCUCAAGAGGCUGCAGUUUGCAUCCUUCCAGCUACCAAAAGUCAGUGUUUGUGUUGUUCAACCUUAACCAUGACUCUUCUCUACCCUUGAUGCUGCAUUAAUUUAUUUUUGGUUACUUGGGGGCAGUGGAACAAGCUAAAAACACACUAUUAUCAUGUUAUGAGGUUGUUAUGGUGAACGUGUUACCGAUAAUUGCAGGUGGUGCUCUGUGUUUUUUGAGUCUUUUGCUGAAAACAAAUAGCUUGCUGAGAGCCGUCCCUGUUGGCUGGAAAACCAAAACACUGGGUUUGCAGAGUUGGUGAUAACAGCCUGUUCACUAUUCACAAUUUAUAUCACUAUUUGUUAUAAAAUCCUAUUGAUUCAUGCAGCUUAAGCCAAGUACUUCCAACCUUGACCACUAUUUAAUCAAAAAGGUGAUUACAGAAUUCCUUUUGAAUUGGGUUGUAAUGCUUUAUGUUUAAGCACUUGUAGCAUCUGCACUGGCGUCAAUAGACCACAAUGUGAUCCAGCCACAACAUACGUUACUGCAAGCAAAAACGUCUUUUAUUUGCAGAAACCACGACUGUAUACUGUUUCCUUGCUCCACCCAUGCUGAGAAUAAGUUUUUCAGGCAAGAGCUGGUAAAGGUCGCCUGGGCAGAUGUUUGUCACAAUCUGAACUAGAAAAAAAGCAAGUGGCUACACCACGAAGGCGUAGUACACCAUCAGUGUAUUGACAUAACUGCCAUUGCAUUGACGUAAUGGAUAGGAUAGGAGUAUGAAGGUUAAGGUUUCUUAAAAAGUGCAGCACUGUGAUUCAUGCUGAUUUAUAUAAAUAUAUGCUUCAUACUUAUUGCACAAUGCCUACAAUAUUACUUACCUAUGAAGUUUAAAUGUCUCAUACUAUUUAGUUAUUAUUAUGUUACUUAUUA